AUGUCAAGACGUGCCCUCCGCAUUAUCACCUACAUUACCGUCCCAACCCUAGCAACAAGCUAUGGCAUCCACCUCGGUCUAAACCACCUGGAAGACAAAUACCCCCCUCUCCCACCAGCUGCCGCUGGUAGUGUCGCCCUGAGAACCCCCAAAAAUACAAGCCAACGCUGCGCAUAUACAGACAUUUACGCGACACGUAUCCGCCUCGAAGCACUCGAGGCACUCAUCCCCGAAUCUGCGCACGCGACAGACACAACCCAAAAGAUCUUACUCGAAGAAGCCUGGGCCCGAGCCGUACUCUCCUCAAAGCCCCUCCGCACUGAAUCUUCUAUCAUCGGACUACUCAAGUCGAGAACUUAUGGGCCCGGUGACGUGGGAGAGAGUGGGUUUGGCGCAGAUUCGGAAACGGGGGCCCCACGCGCUCUUUUGCAUGGGUUGUUUACAGUUGAGAGAGAACCUGCGCAGCGUGAUGGAAGUACGAGUAAUGGAUUACUAAUUUCUUGGGGCAUGGCCGAUGGCCCGCGACUUUUCUUUGAAAAGAUUGCCCGGUGGGGGUAUCCGUGGCGGCUUAUGUCUGGCGGACGGCAUGAGAUGAGUGUUUCGGAACCGUUUGAGGUUAAGGGUCAAGGGAGGCUUGUUGAGGUGAGAUUCUCUGCUGCGCAUGAUUAUGAGAUUGUUCCCGAAGAGGGGAAGAGGCAGAAGGUUUUGCCCGAGUGGACGAAUCGGUUGCAUAGGGGGUAUGCCCGUGUCAUAUUGGAUGUUGCGGCGAGGGAGGUGGAAAGUGGGUUGCAGAGGGUAUAG